GCAGGGGAUGGAGCCAGCACUCCGGCUCUGCUCUCCCCAGGCGCCCUUUGCCUCCAACAGGCAUUUGCAUGUGGUGGGGGCCCCUCAGAGGCAUUUUAAUGUUGAGCCUGUCACCGAUAAGCUUGGCAGGAGGGUCACUGCCGAGGGCAACAGAUCCUGCUCCGGCUGCACCGGCCCCACUGGCUCUGUGUCCUCUUGCUGAGUGCUCCAGGCUGCUCCAUCAGCCGUGGGCUGGCUGCCAGCUCUCCACCACAUGCCAUGCAGGGCCAUGAGUGCUGCUGGGGCUGCGCCAAAACCCCUCUGAGCGACACCAAACCGUCGGGGUGCCGCACACACCUCUGCAUGCAAGGGGAUGAAAGCAUGGUGCACCCCUGAGGAACGAGUUUGGGGUGCCUGGGCUGCGGAGGGAUGCUUGGUUCAUCCUUCCUUUACCACCCCUUUUCCUCUGCUGCUGCUUCUGCUGGGAGGAUCAUAGAAUUAGGGACCGGUUUGGGUUGGAAGACACCUUACAGCUCACCCAGUUUCAAAUCCCGGCCAUGAGCAGGGACACCUUCCACUACAGCAGCUUGUUCCUAGCUGAAACCAGCCCUGCCAGCCCUCAGUGGUACCUGUGCCUCAGGAUGGCACUGGCUUACUUAUGUCCCCAAAGGGUUCUUGCACGCAGAGGGGGUGCAGGCCCCCGGCACCCUUCCUUCCCUCGCUGUGUGUGGCCAUGCUGCCUUGCUUCCCCCCUGCAACCACAGGGCAGGGCAGGGCAGGCCCUGGGCUUCCGCUUCGCCCCAGGGCGGCCCCGGUUUCAGUGCUGUGGUUUGUGCACGUGGUGGGUGCCACGGAAUGGGAGCCGCAGUUGCCCCAGCACAGGCCGAGCUGGCGGAGCCACCUCUAACGUGGACGUGGAGACCAAGCAAGCCGCGCACACCAAGCUGCCAUGGCAGCAGCCCGUGAACGUGUUCCUGGCAGCCGGGCGCCCGCCGGGCAUGGAGCAGCUGCACCAGGAGGCACAGCUCAACCUGCAGAGCAUGAUGCAAGAGGAGUAUGAGGAGCAGUACAGCGAGAGCAGGGUCACCGGGCAGACCUUCCGCAGCGCCGGGCACUCAUCCCCUGACGCUCCCCCAGAGCCAUCGCCCCGACCACCCCCUGCCAAGCGCCUUGAAUUCGUGCUUAUGCCCCCGAGCCGGCGAGUGACCGACGAGGAGAGCACCAGCACGAGCGCGCUGGGUGCGCGGCCACCCGACACCUGCCUGAGCCUCCCCACCAGCCCGGACAAGCAGCCCCCCUGGCCCAGGGCUUUCCCCCUGCCCACCCUGGAGGAGAAGCAGCAGCCCCCAUCCUGCUCCGUCCAAACCAACAUCGUCCCCAUCAAUGUCUCGGGGCAGCACUUUGCUAGGCACACGAGUGCUCGUCACUCCCUGUUUAACACAGAGACCGCGAUGAACCCCAAGUCCACCCUGCGGCGUAGACGGACCAUUAUCGGAUUCCCUAACCUGUCCCUGCGAGACCAAGGCAGCACCAACGGCCCCACGUCCGUGGCUCCCGCACCCAUCGCCGAGUCCGUCUCCUGCAGCUUUGUGCCCGAGGCAGCGGGGCCGGCCCCACAGGACACCAGCCCCCGCCAGCCCCGCGCUGCCCUGCUGAGGAAGACCUUCAGUGACCUGGGGGCACGCUGCUGCCCCAUGGACCCCGUGGCCACCCCCUGCGCUGGCGCCUGCAACGGCCCGCACGGACCCCCCUUCCCGCUGCCCUGGAGCUACACGGGCCCCCCCAGUCCCACCCGGGGCCAGGGCACCGGUGCAGCCUGCACCUCGCCGGAUGGCUCCAGCCCUUUGCCCGGCCCCGGCUCGCCCGCUGCAGCCGUUGCCGCUGCCACCGCCGCCUUCUUCAUCGCCGCAGAGGAGCACACGGGCAGCAACGGGCACGGCUCCUUCUCCGCUGCAGUGCCCGAGUCCCCCUGCGGGUUGGGGCAGGGGUACGAGGGCCGAGGCUCCAGGGGGAACCUGCUGCCGGGAGGUCAAGCGGAGGCCGAGCCCACGGCAGGGCUGGCACGGCUGGAGGUGGAGCGUGCCGGGUGCCGGUUCCGCGAGCGCUCGCUGUCGGUGCCCACCGACUCGGGCUCACUGUGCUCUGUGGACAUCGCGUACACUGAGGCACGGCGGGGCAGCGCCAACUACACCCUGGGCUACCCCAGCGCCAGCUCCGAGGGCAGCACCAGCACGGACAACGUCUCGCUGGGGCUGGGGCUGGAGCAGGAGGGGCAGCGGCGCCGGCGCUCCAAGAGCAUCUCCCUCAAGAAGGCCAAGAAGAAGCCCUCGCCGCCAACACGCAGCGUGUCGCUCAUCAAGGAGGGACCGGAUGACGUGGAGCCCAGCCUGCUGCUGCCCAAGGACCAGCGGCCCAAGAGCCUGUGCAUCCCCCCAGAGCUGCAGGGACACCGGCUAGUGCACGCCGACCCACGGGGGAGCGCGGGCAGGGAGCCCGAGGGCACAGCUGCCCCCCUCCAGUGGCAUCCCACAGACUGGAAGGCUGGUGCGGACCCCCCUUACCGCUCCCUGUCCAGCUCCAGCACUGCCACGGGGACCACGGCCGUCGAGUGCGCCAAGGCACAGGGCAGCUCUGAGUCGCUCAUGUCUCCCUCUGUCUCCCGGGCUACAACACCCUCCCAGCUCUCUGCCGAGGUGGACACCAAGACCUCCUCCCCCAGCAGGCCCCCAGGGCUGAUGUCCCCAUCCAGUGGGUACUCCAGCCAGUCCGAGACCCCAACCCCAACCGUGCCCACCUCCGCCGUCCUCGGGCACUCCCCGCGCCAGGUCCGGGUGAGGCCACUGGUGCCCGAGAGGAAGUCCUCGCUGCCCCCCACAUCCCCCAUGGAGAGGAGCCCCAAGGCCCGGCUAUCCUUCGACCUGCCGCUCACACCCCCAGCCCACCUCGACCUCUCGGGGCUCAAGAUCUCCCUGAAGGGGAAGAAGAAGGUCAGCCGGCACCACUCUGACUCCACCACCUUUGCCACCAAGCUGGCCCAGAAGAGCAGCCCCAUCGCCCCCAUCAUGCCGGUGGUGACGCAGUCUGACCUGCGCUCAGUGCGCCUGCGCUCCAUCAGCCGUUCUGAGCCCGAGGACAACACCGAUGGCCCCGAGCCCACAGAGGAGCCGCUGCGCCUGCCCUGCCCGGUGCCUGACAGGAAGGUGAAGCCGCCAGUGGCAGAGAAGCCACCGCUGGCCAAGCGGCCCCCCAGCAUCCUGCCCAAGCCCCCAGCACUGCGGGAGGAGGGCCCCCUGUCCCCCACAUCCCCGCUGGGCACUGCAGCCACCGCCACCACCAAGGGGAUGCCGCAGGACGGCUUCAUGGCUCUGCGGAAGGGGGAGCUGAGGAGGGGCCCAGGGGAGCCCCCCACGGCCCCAGUGCCGGUGACGCGACAGAGGCGGCUCUCGCACGACAGCCUGGAGGAUGAGCCGUGGCCGCCACGGAGGAAGGCUAAGGUGCCGCCUCCGGUACCCAAGAAGCCCAGCGUUCUGUACCUGCCACUUGUGCCGGCCCUGGUGCCGGGAGCCAGUACGGGUGACCCAGCACCCACCCCCAGCCCCAUCAUCACGCUGGAUGCUGACCCCACAUCCUGCGACCCUGAUGCUGAGGACCUGCUGUCCCCAGGGACUCUGGGCACUGCAGCAGCCAGUGAUGCCCCCCCAGAGCAAGACAGCUCGGCAGACCCUGGCACAGAGGAGAAGAGCUUUGCCAGUGACAAGACGGCUGAGUCCAUCGCCGAGGAGGAUGACGACGUGUUCGUAACGUCCCGUACCACGGAGGAUCUCUUCACUGUGAUCCACAGGUCGAAGAGGAAGGUCCUGGGGCGGAAGGAGCCUGGUGACACCUUUGCCAGCCGGCCCAACUCCCACUUGCCCGUCACAACUUCGGGCUCCCCGACCAGCGAGUCCCCAGCAGCAGUUGCAGUGGCAGCACCAGGCAGCACCGGGAAGUCUUCCAGCAGGAACGAAGACUUUAAAGCCCUGCUCCAGAAGAAGAGCAGCAAAACCAGUGCCGGCACUCGGCCAUCUGCUGCUGAACUGCUCAAGACCACAAACCCGCUGGCUCGGAGGGUCAUGACGGAGUUUGCCCCCGAGCUGGACAGUGCCAGCAGCCCCAGGAGCCAGCCCUAACCAUGCAUGGUCCCUUCUGGCCAUGGAGGGCUGGAGAUGGCUGCAGAAGGAGCAUUGCUGCGGAUGCGGCAGCCUGGCUGCCCACUGAGCCCCGGCUCCCACCAAGGGCUUUCUUCUGCCUUUGUUUCUUCCUUGGAGAGCUGCAUUUGGAGCCCAAGUGUCUCUGAUGGAGCAGGGCCAAAUCCAGGCGGGAAGAAGCGGCCCCACGGCUGGGACCAUCCUGGCUGCUUGAGAGGCAGAGUGGGAUGGCAGCCUUGCAGCGAAGCUAGCUUGAAACUGUGUGGUCACUUCGGCAUGUGGUACUUUAAAUGGCUUUUCUAAUGCA